UACUGUACACAUUAUUAAAACAUGUUAGAAAACUUUAUACAACAAAUCAGACGGAGACUGAACGUUUGAUCAGAGCUUUUACAGUUGUAUUUUAUUAUUUUACAGGCACAGGCACAUGUAGAGACAGGCCUAUGCGCUGCGGGGUCCUGAUGUGUUCUUACUGAAUGAACGGUUUGUUUGUUAGCCAGGCAGCUAACAUACUAACCGUUAAAUGUAUUAUUCUACUCAACAGACACUGAUUUAUUUUAUGUCUUUUAUUUUAAAGGGUUAAAGUUCAUCAUUUGUCAACAAAGCGGAUUUAUUUUAUUUUAAAUCUGCGUCACGAGCUGAAAGCGAAGCUAGGAGCUGUUAGAAGCUGCAGCCACUGAGGGAGGAGGAGUAACCAUAGCAACAGGAGACGUCACUUCCGGUUUGAACACCUCCAGGCCUCAAGCUGAUUCUUCUUCUGUGGUAAAAUCAUGGAACUGGCAUACGUGUGUGAGUGGGAGAAACGUCCUAAGAGCACUCACUGUCCCUCCAUCCCUCUGGUCUGCUCCUGGUCCUGCAGGAACCUUGUGGCCUUCACCACAGACCUGAAGAACGAGGACGACGACAAAGGUACACGGCUACAGACACAGCACAGACACAGCUACAGCACAGACACAGCUACAGACACAGCACAGACACGGCUACAGACACAGCACAGACACAGCUACAGCACAGACACAGCUACAGCACGGACACAGCUACAGCACGGACACAGCUACAGCACAGACACACACAGCUACAGCACGGACACAGACACAGCUACAGCACAGACACACACAGCUACAGCACAGACACACACAGCUACAGCACGGACACAGCUACAGACACAGCUACAGCAGAGACACAGCCACAGCACAGACACAGCUACAGCAGAGACACAGACACAGCUACAGACACAGCUACAGCACAGACACAAACACAGCUACAGCACAGACACAGACACAAACACAGCUACAGCACAAACACAGCUACAGCACAGACACAGACACAGCUACAGCACAGACGCAGCUACAGCACAGACGCAGCUACAACACAGACACAGCUACAGCACAGACACAGCUACAGCACAGACACAAACACAGCUACAGCACAGACACACACACAGACACAGCUACAGCACAGACGCAGCUACAGCACAGACGCAGCUACAGCACAGACACAGCUACAGCACGAACACAGACACAGCUACAGCACGAACACAGACACAGCUACAGCACGGACGCAGCUACAGCACGGACGCGGACACAGCGACAGCACGGACACAGACACAGCUACAGCACAGACAGACACAGCUACAGCACAGACACAGCUACAGCACAGACAGACACAGCUACAGCACAGACACAGCUACAGCACAGACACAAACACAGCUACAGACAGACACAGCUACAGCACAGACAGACACAGCUACAGCACAGACAGACACAGCUACAGCACAGACAGACACAGACACAGCUACAGCACAGACACAGCUACAGCACGGACACAGCUUCAGCACGGACACGGACACAGACACAGCUACAGCAGAGACACAGCUACAGCAGAGACACAGCUACAGCAGAGACACAGCUACAGCACAGACAGACACAGCUACAGUACAGACAGACACAGCUACAGGACACAGCUACAGCACAGACACAGACACAGCUACAGCACGGACACAGCUACAGCACGGACACAGCUACAGCAGAGACACAGACACAGCACAGACACAGCUACAGCACAGACACAGCUACAGCACAGACACAGCUACAGCACAGACACAGCUACAGCAGAGACACAGACACAGCACAGACACAGCUACAGCAGAGACACAGACACAGCUACAGACACAGACACAGUACAGCUACAGCACAGACACAGCUACAGCACAGACACAGCCACAGCACAGACACAAGCACAGACACAGCUACAGCACAGACAGACACAGCUACAGCACAGACACAGCUUCAGCACAGACACAGACACAGCUACAGCACGGACACGGACACAGACACAGCUACAGCAGAGACACAGCUACAGCAGAGACACAGCUACAGCAGAGACACAGCUACAGCACAGACACAGCUACAGCACAGACACAGACACAGCUACAGCACAGACACAGCUACAGCAGAGACACAGACACAGCUACAGCACAGACACAGCUACAGCAGAGACACAGACACAGCUACAGCACAGACACAGCUACAGCACAGACACAGCUACAGCAGAGACACAGACACAGCUACAGACACAGCUACCGCACAGACACAGCUACAGCACAGACACAAACACAGCUACAGCACAGGCACAGACACAGACACAAACACAGCUACAGCACAGACACAGCUACAGACACAGCUACAACACAGACACAGCUACAGCACAGACACACACAGACACAGACACAAACACAGCUACAGCACAGACACAGCUACAGACACAGCUACAACACAGACACAGCUACAGCACAGACACACACAGACACAGACACAGCUACAGCACAGCUACAGCACAGACACAGCUACAGCACAGACACAGCUACAGCACAGACACAAACACAGCUACAGCACAGACGCAGCUACAGCACAGACACAGCUACAGCACAGACACAAACACAGCAGGAACACAGACACAGCUACAGCACAGACGCAGCUACAGCACAGACGCAGCUACAACACAGACACAGCUACAGCCCGAACACAGCUACAGCCCGAACACAGACACAGCUACAGCACAGACACAGCACAGACACAGCUACAGCACAGUCAGACCCAGCACAGACACAGCUACAGCACGGACACAGCUACAGCAGAGACACAGCUACAGCAGAGACACAGCUACAGCACAGACACAGCUACAGCACAGACAGACACAGCUACAGCACGGACACAGCUACAGCACAGACACAGCUACAGCAGAGACACAGCUACAGCAGAGACACAGCUACAGCAGAGACACAGACACAGCUACAGCACGAACACAGACACAGCUACAGCACAGACACAGCUACAGCACGGACACAGCUACAGCAGAGACACAGCUACAGCACAGACACAGCUACAGCAGAGACACAGACACAGCACAGACACAGCUACAGCAGAGACACAGACACAGCACAGACACAGCUACAGCAGAGACACAGACACAGCUACAGCACGAACACAGACACAGCUACAGCACAGACGCAGCUACAGCACAGACGCAGCUACAACACAGUCACAGAUACAGUCCGAACACAGCUACAGCCCGAACACAGACACAGCUACAGCACAGACACAGCUACAGCACAGACACAGCUACAGCACAGGCACAGACACAGACACAGCUACAGCAGAGACACAGCUACAGCACAGACACAGCUACAGCAGAGACACAGCUACAGACACAGCUACAGCACAGACACAGCUACAGCACAGACACAGCUACAGCACAGACACAAACACAGCUACAGCACAGACACAAACACAGCUACAGCACAGACAGACACAGACACAGCUACAGCACAGACACAGCUACAGCACGGACACACACAUACACAGCUACAGCACAGACACACACAUACACAGCUACAGCACAGACACACACAUACACAGCUACAGACACAGCUACAGCACAGACACAGCUACAGCACAGCUACAGACACAGCUACAACACAGACACAGCUACAGCACAGACACAAACACAGCUAUAGCACAGACACACACAGACACACCUACAGCACACACACAGCUACAGCACAGACGCAGCUACAGCACAGACGCAGCUACAACAAAGACGCAGCUACAGCACAGACACACCUACAGCACACACACAGCUACAGCACGAACACAGACGCAGCUACAGCACAGACGCAGCUACAGCACAGACGCAGCUACAGCACGGACGCUGCUACAGCACGGACGCAGACACACCUACAGCACAGACACAGCUACAGCAGAGACACAGCUACAGCAGAGACACAGACACAGCUACAGACACAGCUACAGCACGAACACAGACACAGCUACAGCACAGACGCAGCUACAGCACAGACGCAGCUACAACACAGUCACAGAUACAGUCCGAACACAGCUACAGCCCGAACACAGACACAGCUACAGCACAGACACAGCUACAGCACAGACACAGCUACAGCACAGACACAGCUACAGCACAGGCACAGACACAGACACAGCUACAGCAGAGACACAGCUACAGCACAGACACAGCUACAGCAGAGACACAGCUACAGACACAGCUACAGCACAGACACAGCUACAGCACAGACACAGCUACAGCACAGACACAAACACAGCUACAGCACAGACACAAACACAGCUACAGCACAGACAGACACAGACACAGCUACAGCACAGACACAGCUACAGCACGGACACACACAUACACAGCUACAGCACAGACACACACAUACACAGCUACAGCACAGACACACACAUACACAGCUACAGACACAGCUACAGCACAGACACAGCUACAGCACAGCUACAGACACAGCUACAACACAGACACAGCUACAGCACAGACACAAACACAGCUAUAGCACAGACACACACAGACACACCUACAGCACACACACAGCUACAGCACAGACGCAGCUACAGCACAGACGCAGCUACAACAAAGACGCAGCUACAGCACAGACACACCUACAGCACACACACAGCUACAGCACGAACACAGACGCAGCUACAGCACAGACGCAGCUACAGCACAGACGCAGCUACAGCACGGACGCUGCUACAGCACGGACGCAGACACACCUACAGCACGGACGCUGCUACAGCACGGACGCAGACACACCUACAGCACAGACACAGCUACAGCAGAGACACAGCUACAGCAGAGACACAGACACAGCUACAGCACAGACACAGCUACAGCACGGACACAGACACAGCUACAGCACGGACACAGACACAGCUACAGCACAGACACAACACAGACACAGCUACAGACACAGCUACAGCACAGCUACAGACACAGCUACAACACAGACACAGCUACAGCACAGACACAGCUACAGCAGAGACACAGACACAAACACAGCUACAGCACAGACACAGCUACAGCACAGACACAGCUACAGACACAGCUACAGCAGAGACACAGCUACAGCAGAGACACAGCUACAGCAGAGACACAGCUACAGCACAGACACAGCUACAGCACAGACACAAACACAGCUACAGCACAGACAGACACAGACACAGCUACAGCACAGACACAGCUACAGCACGGACACACACAUACACAGCUACAGCACAGACACACACAUACACAGCUACAGCACAGACACACACAUACACAGCUACAGACACAGCUACAGCACAGACACAGCUACAGCACAGCUACAGACACAGCUACAACACAGACACAGCUACAGCACAGACACAAACACAGCUAUAGCACAGACACACACAGACACAGCUACAGCACAGACACACCUACAGCACACACACAGCUACAGCACAGACGCAGCUACAACACAGACGCAGCUACAGCACAGACGCAGCUACAACACAGACGCAGCUACAGCACAGACACACCUACAGCACACACACAGCUACAGCACGAACACAGACGCAGCUACAGCACAGACGCAGCUACAGCACGGACGCAGCUACAGCACGGACGCUGCUACAGCACGGACGCAGACACACCUACAGCACAGACACAGCGACAGCACGGACACAGACACAGCUACAGCACAGACACAGCUACAGCACAGACAGACACAGCUACAGCACGGACACAGCUACAGCACGGACACAGCUACAGCAGAGACACAGCUACAGCAGAGACACAGACACAGCUACAGCAGAGACACAGACACAGCUACAGCACAGACACAGCUACAGCACGGACACAGACACAGCUACAGCACGGACACAGACACAGCUACAGCACAGACACAACACAGACACAGCUACAGACACAGCUACAGCACAGCUACAGACACAGCUACAACACAGACACAGCUACAGCAGAGACACAGCUACAGCACAGACACAGCUACAGCAGAGACACAGACACAAACACAGCUACAGCACAGACACAGCUACAGCACAGACACAGCUACAGCUACAGACACAGCUACAGCAGAGACACAGCUACAGCAGAGACACAGCUACAGCACAGACACAGCUACAGACACAGCUACAGCACAGACACAGCUACAGCACAGACACAGCUACAGCACGGACACAGCUACAGCAGAGACACAGCUACAGCACAGACUCAGCUACAGCAGAGACACAGACACAGCACAGACACAGCUACAGCAGAGACACAGACACAGCACAGACACAGCUACAGCAGAGACACAGACACAGCUACAGCACGAACACAGACACAGCUACAGCACAGACGCAGCUACAGCACAGACGCAGCUACAACACAGUCACAGAUACAGUCCGAACACAGCUACAGCCCGAACACAGACACAGCUACAGCACAGACACAGCUACAGCACAGACACAGCUACAGCACAGACACAGCUACAGCACAGGCACAGACACAGACACAGCUACAGCAGAGACACAGCUACAGCACAGACACAGCUACAGCAGAGACACAGCUACAGACACAGCUACAGCACAGACACAGCUACAGCACAGACACAAACACAGCUACAGCACAGACACAAACACAGCUACAGCACAGACAGACACAGACACAGCUUCAGCACAGACACAGCUACAGCACGGACACACACAUACACAGCUACAGCACAGACACACACAUACACAGCUACAGCACAGACACACACAUACACAGCUACAGACACAGCUACAGCACAGACACAGCUACAGCACAGCUACAGACACAGCUACAACACAGACACAGCUACAGCACAGACACAAACACAGCUAUAGCACAGACACACACAGACACAC